AUGUCUUCUUCCUCUACCAAGAAGAGCUCCAGAAUAUCCUCCCAGAGUCAAAGAUCGACUCUCUCCCUUCAAAAGACAGAAAUACGUAUCAAUAUUUAUGAUCUACUUCCUGCAGGCAAACUUUCUUCAGUCCUUUGGAAAUUUGGUACUUCACUACUCCACAGCGGAAUCGUUAUAAAUGGCAAGGAAUAUGCAUUUGGGGGACAUGAUAGAAAGGGACAAACGGGUGUAUUUUGGCAAACACCAAGACUGGAACCACCUGGAGGAACUUUCAGAUGCGAAAUUGUUCAGGGACUUACCUUUUCUCCUCAAGCUGAAAUCGAUGCUGUUAUUAUGGAAGCUUCAGAAAUCUUCCAAGGCACGUCGUACAAUCUCCUCACCAGAAACUGCAAUCACUUUACAGCAUGGAUGUGCGAGAGACUUACUGGUCAGUCUGGGCCGGCAUGGUUAAAUCGAGCUGCUAGCAUUGGAGUCGCGUUACCUUGUAUGGUCCCAAAAGAAUGGAUUACCCCGCCAGAUUACGAAACAGCAGAUGGACACCUUAUCGAUGAUGACAAUGACGAGCGAGCACUGCUGGGUGGCACAAGACACAGCAUGGAUGAUGGCCGACCAGAUUUGAUCGACGAUGAGACAGAAUGGAGCUGCGAUGAGGACUUUCAGGCCAAAAAGGGAAAAGGAAAAGAUGUCAGAGAUACAUCAGGCAGGAUUGUUCCACCCUCGGAGAGAGCACCUACAGCAAGGAGAUAG